CCUUGCGCCACAGCACAUCCCACUCGUAUAAUGCUUUCUAGCGAGGAGAUAUUGGAAAGAGCGGCAGAAGACGGAUCAAUCGACAUCUCUGAAUGGCCUCGCGUUCUAGAGAGCUUGCUGCAGCGGCUUCAUGAUAUCGUACACAAUGAAUUUCCCAUACCAUCGAUACCGCCGCCUCAGCCUGCCAUUUCCGAGGUACGGCGUUCAGUGGAUCUUGACCCAGCAGUAGUCGCCAGCACACCACCUCCUCAACUUCCCACGAGCGAAACGAGCGCGACCAACACCGACGCCGAUGCCGAUAUCGACAGCGACAGCGAGCGACCCUCGAACAGUCAGAGCAGUACGAAAGAAAAUGACGCGCCCACAGACAUCGCGGCAGGACGACCGCCAUAUCCUCAUGCUUAUGACAUUUCCGACUCACAGAGAACAGAAGAGAGGCCGCCGCCGCCGCCGCCGCAGUUCGCACCUCCAGAGACACAACAAGGCGCAUUGCCGCCCGAAUUGCUGAGCAUGUACCAACAAUCUACCAGACUAUUGCAAUAUGACUUCGCCGAAAGCCCACCAUACACGAUCCAGCGACUUGCGGAGAUGGCGCUGCGGCCGAAGAAGCACUAUCGCUUCCUGCCUGCCUACUUACGCGCUUUAGAUCGCAUUGUCUCCGUCAACUCGCCCGUCUCGGACUUUCCUCUCCCUGCACUGCACACACCGAUCAACGGCGGCUUCCUCACGAAUGGCGAUGCGCAAGUAAAUGGAAUCAGCGAGAGGGAAGGACUGGGCAGUGACGAGAGUCUUGGUGGAGCACUACUCACACCUAUUCCUUGGCUGCGGAAUCAGCAGAACGCUCUUGGCCCUACGCCUGCUGCACCUGAGUCACAAGGCGAGCUGCAUAGCGAAAGCACCGAGACCAUUGAAGGCCCUCAUGGCGCUGGCAGUAUUGAGACUGUAACGGUCACAGUAAAUGGCAUCUCCAGCGCAACAGCCUCACAACCUUCAUCGUCCCCGAUCGCGUCGCCUACGCUUAGUGAGCAGAGCGAUGCUAGCAGCUCGUCCUCCGCUUCGACUGACACGCAGCUGCGGGAACAAGGUGGUGUCACUCAAGGUGAACUUCUCCGGCAAGAGCAGGAAGCUGGCGUUGUACCAGUAUCUACAGUAGGACAACCAAUGACACCAAGAAGAUCCAUGACUGCAGGAGGUGCAGCUGCAGUUGGCAGAGAGCCGAUCGUGGGCGGUGUGCCAAUGGAUGAGGGUAUGGAAGAGGAAGUUCAUGCGCGCGGACCUGAUGUCAUCGGAAUGGAGGAUACAGGGCCACAACCGAUUUCACCACCUGGACAGGGCCAUGUUCUUGACAUGGAGGCCGCGGUGGGCAGGGGACGUAGCAAGUCUCCGCAGCCGCCGCCCGUCAAGGUCGAGAUAAAAGACGAGAUGGAGGACGUGGAAUUGGCUGAGCCUGGUAAACCUGGCAAGGAUCCAAAAGAUGUCGAGAAAGCGGUCGAGAAGCUAAAGGAGGCUAUGGAUGCGGAAGUCAAGGCCGAAGCCAAGGACAGUGAUGGAGAUGUGAUCGUCGCUGAUGUUGAUGGCAAGCCAGUUGAUACUGAUAUGAAGGAGGAACAACAAGCCUGAUGCGGUAGACUCCUCGACACAUUGAUGAUUACGAAGGCAUGGAUCUAUAGUCUAUUGCGAAUGAAAUUACGAUCAGUUAGU